AGUCCCCCUACAAAAAAUUGAAUUUGUUCCAAAUGAACUCAUCUCUCAACCCAAAUCCACCGUAAUCAUGUGGAAACUUGCGGUAUUUCUGUUUCUAUCAUUGGUUAGAUCUGGAAAUUCGAGUGGAAAUUGUGAUGCAAAGAACUAUCAAAGUAUUGAUAAUGCUCCAGAAGAUGCACUUAUUUAUGGAAUUACACAGGACUGUCAAAUGUUCUUUAUCCGUCCAUCUCAACUUCAUCUUCUUUCCACUAUUCGUGUAGAUCGUCGGCAUUCAUUUUGUUAUGCUAACCUUGUACAAUUGCACGUUAAAUCCCAUGACACAUUAUUGCUGACAUUCAAACAGGCAAGCAAUCGAAUAUGUACACUAGAAGUACAUAUUCCUGCAUUAAACAUGCUAUUUGGAGAUCAUUUAUUCAGAUACUCCCUCUUAAACUCUCUUCCCUAUGCUUCAUGUUCACAUUCCAAAGAUCAAUUAUUUCAACUUGAACCAGAUCUUUCAUUUAUGGAUCCAGUUUAUAAUGAUGUUAUCUAUUUUAUUGAUGCUCUCUCAACAGGAAAACAAUGGAAAAUUCUUCAAUUUUUACUUAAAGAUACUGGAAACAUGAAUAUGAUGAACAAUUUGACAGUUUCACUACAGACAAAAGAUUCAUCAGCUAAUGAAUAUGUUGUUUCACUGGAUAAUCAACGGGAUAAGUUGUACAGAAGAAAUCGAUUUGAUAAUUUGAUGCACCAACAAUGUGCAUUCGAGAUGUUAUUCAGGCCAAAGGACUCUGAAGUGAACAGUUUCGAGACCCCAUCCAGAGGCUUUGGGGCUGUAUUAAAUGGACAAUCUGUUGAUGGAGAUCUCAUGGUUUAUGUGGAAACUGAUCGAUCGAUGGAUCCUCCAACAACUCGUCUCAACAUGCUUUCUGCUAGUCAUCCAGAACACGUGACUUGUAUCUCUGCAACCUCAUUCUCGUUUGAUGUUGGAAUCAUUCGAGAAUCAACUGUCGAAAAAUUGAAAGUGGAUCCAAGACCUCCAUUUGGCACCAAAGUGUCCUCUCGUCCCAGCUCAAAAGCUUCAAAACUCAAUGAGCAAUUCAAUCAGAAGCACAAAGCGUCUACACCAUCUCCAACUAAAAAACCAUCCGAAUCUUCCGUAACUCCAUCUUCUGCAACAUCAUUCAAACCAAAAGAAGCAUAUUCUCCAUCGAAAUCCUUUUUCAGUUAUGAAAUGGGCGGAGUCGGAACAACAUCAGCUUCAGAAAUAAAUGAAAAAAUAUUAAUUUCAAAUGAAAUUCCAGUUGAUGAAAUAUCAAAAGAAGAAGAAGAAAAAGCAGAAAAAGAAUUAAAUGAAAUAAUAAAAGAAUUAAAAUCAGAUGAAGAAGCUGUCGAUGGAGAGAAAGAUGUUGGAGAAUUAAAAACACGAGAAGUCAAUAUGACAUCUGAAAAUGGAGAAGAGAAUUCUGAAAAUUCACAUUCAAAUGAUACAUCAACAGAUGCAAAAGCGGUCAAAUCUAGUAAAACAACGAUGAAUUCAAACUUUAUUUUAAUUUCUAUAUCUUCCAUUUUAUUUUGCAAAUAUUUCACUUAAAUUGUAGACUCUUUUAAUAAACCUGGUGCUUUCUGUCGAUAUAUUGAGCAAAAAAUUUAAUAAAGGAAAUGAUUUU